AUAAUUAUUGCUGCAGCUCGGAGCAUCAAUAACAGACUGAAAGAGUAUUUAUUGAGAGAAAGAGAAAAGAGAGACGCAGAGGACUGGAAAGAGAGGAGGGGAGCGAGACAGAGCAGAAUAGAAAGACAAGACUGUCUGCAAAGAUCCUCAAAGGGUGUGAGGAGGGGAGUCUUGUUUUUUUUUUUCUCCAAAACAUCAAGCCUCAGGAAACCAAGGAUUCCCAAACACCGCAGAGAGAGAGAGAGACACACACAGGCGUGCCUGCCCGCAUCACUGAGAUCGCCAGGGACCUCUGCUUCAACACAAGCAAGCGAGAAUGGAUUAUAAGCGGCUGGGAGGAGGCGGUCCGCGGAUCUGGGCGCUGGCUCUGCUGCAGGUUCUGGUUCUGUGUGUGAGUCGGACCCAGGCUGCCCUUCAGAUACCUCUGGACUACAAACAGGAGAACUUGAUGACACCCCCUGUCAUCACAGAACAGUCUCCUAGGACUCAAGCAGUCUACUCCAGCGAUGAGAUCGUAUUGAAGUGUGAGGCUACCGCACAGCCACAGCCAACGUUUCGCUGGACGAAGGAUGGCCAGUUCUUUGACCCCAAGGCUGACCCCCAGCUUGUGACCCACGCUGGUUCCGGAACCUUCUCCAUCAUCUCCAAUGGCAACAGUGGCUCGUCCUUCCAAAAGUACCACGGGAACUACCGUUGCUACGUGUCUAACGAACUGGGGACUGCCGUGUCUUCAGAGAUCAGACUCAUCACGGAGAGCCUCCCGAAGUGGCAGAAGGAGACGAUUGCCCCGAUCGAGGCGGAGGUGGGGGAGAGCGUAGUGCUGCACUGCAACCCCCCGGUCAGCACCGCACCCCCCCAAAUCUACUGGAUGAACAUAAAUCUGCAGCACAUCACUCAGAGCCCGAGGGUGACUCAGGGUCGAAACGGGAACUUGUACUUCUCCAACGUGGAGAAGAGCGACACCAAGAACGACUACAUGUGUCACGCACGCUUCAUCGGAGCACGCACCAUCGUGCAGAAGGAGCCCAUCGAGCUGCGCGUGCGAGACUCGAACUCGGUGAAAAACCGUAGGCCCCGUCUGCUGAUGCCCCAAGGAGAGAGGAGCUCUUACCUGGCAUUGAGAGGACACAGCCUGGAGCUAGAGUGCAUCGCAGAGGGGCUACCGACCCCUGAGAUAGCCUGGGUGCGGAGGGAGGGUGUGAUGCCGGAGGGGAGAGUGAUCCUGGAGAAUUUCAACAGGCUGCUGAGAAUCGAGAACAUCACCGAGUCAGACGAUGGAGAGUACCAGUGCACUGUGAGCAACCAGGAGGGCAGAGAGAGACACAUCUACAUCGUCUCUGUGGAGGCGGCUCCCUACUGGGUGAAGCAGCCAGAGAACGGGGUGUACGGGCCGGGUGAGACUGUGCGGCUGGACUGCAACGUGGAGGGGAAACCCAAACCCAGCAUUGUCUGGAAGAUCAACGGAGAGCCCCUCACAGACACGGACUCGGAUCUCAGUCACAGUGUGAAGGGCAGCUCUCUGAUUCUGCACAGCGUGCAGUCGAGAGACACGAGUGUGUUCCAGUGCGAGGCCAACAACACUCACGGGACCAUCCUCGCCAACGCCUACGUCUACGUCAUCAACCUCCCUGCUCAGAUCCUCUCUCCUGAUCAUCAGCUCUACAUCGUGGCGGAGGGUCAGGAAGCCUUCCUGGACUGCAGGAACUUCGGAGCGCCGAGGCCAGAGGUGACCUGGUCCAGCGAUGGGAAAGACUCGUUCUCUAUCCUGGAGGACCCGCGCGUCUCUCUCUACACUAACGGGACCCUGCACCUCAUCUCCGCCACUCGAGAGGACAGUGGCCAAUUCAGCUGCACCGUGAACCCCGAGGCAGAGAACAUCUCCAUCAGCGCCACCCUGGAGAUCCGCAAUAAGACGGUGAUUGUGGUCCCGCCCGGUGAUCAGAGGGUGCCCAGAGGAGACACCGCUGUGUUCAGUUGCAAAGCGCAGUACGACAGCCGCCACUUCCAUUCCAAGCAGCCGGACCCCAUGUGGAGGAGAAACGGGCGCAAGAUCGCUGAGACAGCCGACAGCAGCAAGUACGUGUUUGACGGUCACAAGCUGGUUAUCGAUGCGGUGGAGGAGCAGGAUGAGGGAGUGUACACUUGCGUCGCAGCCUCCUCCAUCGACUCGGACGAGGCCAGUGGCAGACUCCUGGUCCUGGAUUCUCCGGACCCCCCAGCUGACCUCGUGCUGUCGGACUCCCAGGGUCGCAGCGUCAUCCUGUCCUGGCCCCCGGGUAACGACCACAACAGCCCCGUUCUGGAGUAUGUGAUAGAGUACUCGACUAUGCUGAAUCAGGGUGUCUGGAGUGAGCUGACGAGAGUGAACGAGACGUCCGCGUUGCUCGAUCUCUUCCCCUUCCUGAAGUACCGGUUCCGGGUCAUCGCUGUCAACGAGCAGGGAAAGAGCGGAGCCAGCGAGCCAUCGGACUCCAUCGAAACACCUUCCUCAGCUCCAGACAGUAACCCCACUGGAGUGAGAGGAGAGGGGAACCAGACGGAUAAUAUGGUCAUCCACUGGGAGCCUAUCAGGCAGCUGCAGUGGUGCGGCCCUGGGUUCAAGUACCAGGUUUCGUGGCGGCAGGCUGGCGAGUCGGAGUGGCACGAGGCGUACACUGAGUCCCCCGUGUUCGUGGUGACGGGGACCCCCCCCUUCACCCCCUAUCACAUCAGAGUGAGGGCCACCAACGAGAGGGGCCCGGGGCCCGAGCCAGACACCAUCACGGGGUACUCGGGAGAGGACUUGCCUCUCUCCAGUCCUGUGAAUGUAGCGGUGGAGUUUCUCAAUCGCACCCUGGUCAAUGUGACCUGGAGCCCUGUCCCCAGAGAGAGUGUGAGAGGCCACCUGAAAGGAUACAAGGUUCAUUAUUGGCGGUCCCGCUCUCUGCUGGAGAGACCCAAACGCCACGCCUCUGACCGCUUCUCCGUCACCGUGGCGGGGGGGCGGAGCCACGCCCUGCUCUCCGGCCUGCAGCCCUUCAGCGUCUACUACGUGGAAGUUAGAGUCUUCAACGGGAGAGGGGAGGGGCCAGCCAGCGAGCCGCUGAGAUUCGACACGCCCGAGGGGGGUAAGAGAUGA